GCAGUUCAGCGGACCCGGAAGUGACGGAGGACCGCCGGAAGCCGUAGAUCCGGGGUGGUCGGGGCCGCCGGGAGUUGCAGUUCAGCGGACCCGGAAGUGACGGAGGACCGCCGGAAACCGUGGAUCGGGGAAGUAGCAGCCGCCUGCAGCUCUAGUUCUCCAGUUCUCCGGCGGCUCGGAGAACUCAGCGGAGAGCGGAGCUGGCGGCCGGGCGGAAUGGCGGGCCUGGAGCUGUUGUCGGACCAGGGCUACCGGGUGGACGGGCGGCGCGCCGGGGAGCUGCGCAAAAUCCAGGCGCGGAUGGGCGUGUUCGCGCAGGCUGACGGCUCGGCCUACAUCGAGCAGGGCAACACCAAGGCGCUGGCGGUGGUGUACGGCCCGCACGAGGCGAGUGGGCGGCGGGAGGGGAAGUCGGGCGGCCGCGGAGCUGCAGGGCAGCCGGGCUGAGCACAGGCUCAGGGACGGGAGGGGCAGCGGCCGGCGCGCCCCGGUCCACGCAGCCGAUGCUCAGCGCCGCAUUACACUCGGAGUCUACGCAAGUCCUUAGUGCGCUGCGCGGUGGUCCUGCCUUUCUCGUCGGCUUGUCCCUGCGCCCUCCCUUGUCUUUGCGGCUCUUCAACGUGCCAGGCGCUCCCCCACUCGCCCCCUCACCUCUCAGCUCUACUCCGACGUCAGUCCUCCCCAGAGGACCUUAUCCACGCGGUACUUCCCCUCCCUACAAUAAACCCCUCCUUGCCUUUUGUGCACCUGCGAUCUCAAACGCCUAUUUUGCUUAAGCAUUUUCACCUUUAACAUCAGCUUCCUAAAGACAGGAACUUUACAUGAAACCCUAUGGUUUCCUUGCUGUCCCGCGCUGUGACAGUGCCUUACCAGCGAAGAUCCGGGGCUCGCGGGCUCGAGCCCUGCCAGACAGGGCCCUAGUGAACUGUCAAUAUAGUUCAGCGACCUUCAGCACCGGUGAGCGCAAGCGACGGCCACAUGGGGACCGCAAGUCCUGUGAGAUGGGCUUGCAACUCCGCCAGACUUUCGAAGCAGCCAUCCUCACACAGCUGCACCCACGCUCCCAGAUUGAUAUCUAUGUGCAGGUGCUACAGGCAGAUGGUGGGACUUACGCAGCGUGUGUGAAUGCAGCCACGCUGGCAGUGCUGGAUGCUGGGAUACCCAUGAGAGACUUUGUGUGUGCGUGCUCAGCUGGCUUUGUGGACGGCACAGCCCUGGCGGACCUCAGCCAUGUGGAGGAAGCAGCUGGUGGCCCCCAGCUGGCCCUGGCCCUGUUGCCAGCCUCAGGCCAGAUUGCACUGCUUGAGAUGGAUGCCCGGCUGCAUGAGGACCACCUGGAGCGGGUGUUGGAGGCUGCUGCCCAGGCUGCUCGAGAUGUGCACACCCUCUUGGACCUAGUGGUCCGGCAGCAUGUGCGUGAGGCCUCUAUCUUGCUGGGGGACUGACGGCCCUGCCACCCAUGUCCAGAAUAAAACCCUCCUCCUCUGCCCACA